ACGUGAGUGCGCGGAGUGCGAACCGUAUCAUGGUGACUGCGUCACAAUUCUGUGGGCACUAGAGUUGGCAAUCUGUAGCAAGCUUAAGGUCCCCCCAGGCGGCCACCAUCGAACAGCCCACUAGUGGACAAGUGUCAUCGAUUUACGUUCGAGCUAGCUCUUUUGCGAAAUGAAAAUGUUGCCUUUCGAGUCGAAAGAUAGCGCUUCCGAGCUGUGGUGAAAAUUUUGCGAAACGUGAACGCUAGGAAAAUUAAUCUUCUGUAGGCAGAGGAGAAAAAUCGUCGGCGCCGCUGCAUCAUUGAUUUAGCGAGCUGGGUGUGUGUUUUGGUUUUUUUUUGCUCGAGGAUUGCGUGAAUCUACCUACGGUCAAGUCCUGUGGUGCAAACUGCAGACCGCACGCUGAUGUAUUCAAAUUUUGAGAAAGAUGUUUUGAAUUCGUGUUGAUUUAAAGUUAAGGAGAUCCUUGGCAUUGUGGGGUGUGUGCGUGUAUUGAUUAAAGGGCCACUAGUCUCGAGAAUUGGCCCGUGUGACAAGGAGCCUCUUUGGUCCUUAACCUCUGGCAGUACAUGAUGUCGCUCUCGUUCUCGGGAGGAAAUUGUGAGUGAAGUGCGUGUGCCAAGGACUGAACAGAAACGGAGUGAAAAUUGCCGUCUGCCUCCUGGGAGUAAAAAGCGUGUAGAAAGCAAAGUGUUUCAAGUGUCUCCGGUAGUGUCUGGUGAAAAAUCAAUGUGAAAAAUUGUGUACUCUCCAACGGCAGGGCAUGGCCAGAGUAGAGUAAUUGCAUGUGUAGAAAAAUAUUCCUGAUCCGAGUCCGAAUCUUUAGUGAGAAUUCAUGUUGUGACAGCGGUCCUGUGAACUGUGAAAAAAGCAUUUAAGCGACCGGACCGAGUGUCGCAGCAUCCGAAGCCGGAGGUUUACCGAAACGCUUGUUGGCCUGUCAAAGUUUUUAGAUCCUGCCCGGUGGAAGCAAGUCUAUCUAGCUGCUAUCAUGGAACAACCAACACCUUCAUUCCUGGUCGAGCUGCUGCACUCGGUGCCGCAUAUCAACAUCACCCUGCACCGGGUAAAUGACACCUUUAACCCCAACAGCACCAUCUACAUUGAGAGUCUCGGUAUAUUGGCCUCGAUUCCGGCGGCGCUGCUGAUCAUCUCGUUGGUGUUUCUGCUGCUCUACCUGCUGACGCGAUGCUGCGAUCGGAAACCACGGAAGCCCAAAUCGCACGGCUGCCAGAAGUGUACGUUAAUUUUCUUCGCCAUCGUGUGCUGUGCGGCCAUCGGACUCGGUCUGUACGGGAACGACGAUCUGCACAACGGCGUGCUGCAAAUCUUCGGUUCCGGCCGGAAGAUCGAGCAAUUGAUACUGAACGUGAGAAAUCAGACCGAGAUGGUGAAGCAGAAUCUCAAAUCGAAGGUGGUCCUGUCGGAGCUGGAGGCCAAGUUCGAGCAGCCACCGCAGCUGUACAAUCAAACCGCUCAAUACCUACUGCAGGACACGGUGAAGAUGGUGAAGGACAACACGACGCUGGCCAUCAACGCACUGGAAACGGUGGUCUACCUGACGAGGCCCUCCUAUUCCGAUAUGACACUGAAGAGUCUGCUAGAUACGUACGAAUUCUACGAGGAACUACGAUGGCCGGUUACGUUGGGAUUUCUGACCUUCCUGCUGCUGCUGUGCAUCAUUUUGGUGAUCGGAGCCACGAGGAGUUCGCGCUGUGCACUGAUUUUCUUCAGCGUGUGCGGUCUGCUGGCGGUCACCGUGUGCUGGCUGCUUUCCGGCAUCUAUCUGGCCAGUGCCGUGGCGCUGGGCGACUUCUGCAUGAAACCGAACGAUUUCAUCUGCAGCCAGCAGAAGCUGAAGGAUGUCCAGUACACUUACUGCAGCUCGGUCGGCACCAAUCGGUACGUGCUUCGGUUAAACGAAUCCAAAGACUACGUGGACCGCGCCAAGGAAUCGCUCGAGACGGUCACCCGCAUCGCGAUGGAUCUGUACCCGCGGUUCGAGAUGAGUUCGAAGAUAAACCGGCUGAACGGGGAACUGGACGACAGCAAGCGGCAGCUGAUUGCACUGUCGGCCAUGGCCGACCGGCGAACCGUGAUGGAGCAUUACGCCAAUGCAACGCGCGGUUUGUGCGAAGGCGGCCUGCUGGGAUUAACGCUAAUGCUGCUAGCCAGUCUGGUAUCGGCGGCCAUCCUUAGCCUACUGGUGUGCGUCGAUUCGCACACUUGGAUCUAUCUGACGAAGAAACGACCCUACGAGGACAAAUCGGAAACGACACCGCUCUUUCCGACCAGUGCUGCGACGGCUUCGCCGUCCGUUCCGAUCUCGUCCGGAACGAUGACGGUCAACCGGACGCUGCUGCAUGCCCAGGCGGCCACGACCAACGGUACCACCGGUGGACUGAUUCCGAGCAGCGGCCGCAACGGGACGACGCACGGAUUGCGCGGGUUGGCAUCCUACAGUGGCGAUGAGUCACCGCCACCAGAUUAUAACGUUGUGGUGCAUGAUAACAGAGCUUCCGGGCAUCACACCUUGGGCCGACUGCCGUCGCAGCAGCAGAAUAACCUAAGCGGGCCGAACAACGGCAAGUACGCAACGCUUAGUAAACAGUGUAAAACGCUCGAAUCGAGCGAUUUCUACUGAGAAUCGCCUGCCUGCAAUCAGUCUGCAGGCAGUAACAAGUUAGGUGAGUUCGGAACUCCCACCUCUCCUCAUCCGUAUAACGCGAACAGCUCGCUUGCAGAUAAAAAACUGACAGCAUCGACAA